AUGUCGGGGUUUGAGAUUGCAGGGGUCGUGCUUGGGAGCAUUCCCCUAGUGAUCUCGCUCCUCGAGCAUUAUCAAGGCGGGCUGCGAACGAUCCAAAGGUUGCGAAAGUACGACAGGGAAUUGCAGAGUCUCAUCCGAAACCUCAGGACGGAGCAAGCGAAGCUCCAGAAUGUUUGCGAGAAGCUCCUUGAGGGGCUCGUCCCGCUGUCUCGCAUUGAUGAGAUGGUUGAGAACCCUUUCGGAGAUUUGUGGUCGGAUGAAGAGAUACAAAAGAAGAUACGGGCUAGGUUAUGGCGGUCCUGGGGAGUUUUUGAGCAGACCGCGAUAGACAUGAACGCUGCUAUCGAGGAGAUGAUGGAGAGACUCGGAGGGAAAGACAAGGCAUCAUGGCUGGACGGCACUUCGAUCUCAAGAGAGCUAAAACGAAUGAACUUUACGCUAAGUCGGAGCGCUUAUGCCGAUAUAAUGUCGACUAUCAAAGACGGUAUCUCGAGCCUCGAGUCUCUCACAACCACAAACAUCGAACUUGAGCCGCCACGUCGCCUAAGAUCUCGUGUGAAACUGCUGUCUGUGCUGCGUGGCGUCUCGUCGAGCAUCUAUCGAGCUAUCAGGUCAAGUUUAACCUGCACAUGCAAGCACGACAUCUCCCUGCGCCUUUCGAGCUCGCAUGGCGAAAUCACACCAGCGGAUGACUUGGAACGAGUGAUUCAGAGCAUAAAGUUUCAUCUCGCUCUUUCUCAGUCAUUCGGCGGCGAGGAUCCCGAGGCCGAUUCGGUGAAACCCCAAAGUUGGGAGGAAGUCCUCAUCCAAGCAAACCCGAUUCCGAAAAUCUCACAUGUCCACUCUCACGCCGUUUCUGCCUGCAUAGCCAAACCCACCGGACGCAAGAGGAUGACCGUCUCUUUCGCCACUCGAUCGUCUUCAUCUUGUACCACUUUAGUGGAGACACCGACCACUACCUCUCUAGCCACUUCCUUGUCCACUUCGUUGUCUGGACUUACGCUGCAGGCAAAAAGCAGGUCCUUCUCUGGCUCCGAUUCAUGCCUGAAACUAUGCGAGGAGCUGAAGAGGUUUCUUGCUCACGGCAAGUCAUUAGACAUCUUUGGGACGAUCAUUGAUCGGCCAUCUUUAAAUCCACGGAGCUACAACAUCUUUCUCCCGUCAAUCCUCUCUUUCGAGAACCCAAGCCCCUUGCAAAUGGUGUCCCUGCGCGACGUUCUAGAAGGUCAAGGAGAUCUCCAACCGCCCACAUAUAAAGAGCGUCUUCACCUGGCCUCUGCAAUAGCCUUGAGCGUGCUUCAACUCCACAAUAGCCCAUGGAUGCCACCCGCCUUAGGCAGCCGCAACGUUUUCUUCCUAAAGAGGGGAGACUCUGUCUAUUAUGACCAUGCCUUCGUUAUGGCAGACAGCCCUCCCUCCCAAGCUUGGGCAAAGCCCUCCUGUAUAAUCCGUAGCCCAGCACUGCUUGCGCUCGGUAUAUUGCUUAUCGAACUUAUUCGCGGCCAGACCAUAGAUUCCCUCCGAACCCCGAAAGAGAUGCUCGACCCUGAAUCCAGUGUUCUUGCCGACUACAUGACAGCGGAACGGUUGGUCCACGACAUUUACCAGUCGAGCUCGAAUUAUGCAAGCGCUGUACGUCGCUGCAUAAAUCAACAGUUUAAGACACCGGAUCUCAACUUGGAGGAUGAUGAUUUUUGCCAAGAAGUGUAUGCUGGAGUUGUGGCUCUGCUGGAAGAGGAUUUGAGUUAUACGAGAUAG